AUGGCGUCAGGACAGGUUAUAAAUCUUGACAAAUCAAUGCUCUCGGUUAGCCGUAAUGUGCUUGAUAAUAGUUUCAAUGAGCUUAAACAGUUGUUGGGUGUUAAGGCCGUGGAGAGUUUUGAUAAAUAUUUGGGACUUCCAACCAUUAUUGGUAAGUCUAAGUCUCAGAUAUUUAAUUUUGUUAAGGAUAGAGUUUGGAAGAAGCUAAAGGGCUGGAAAGAGAAGUUCCUCUCCCGUGCUGGCAUAGAGGUUCUAAUCAAAUAUGUUGCUCAAGCUAUUCAAUUUUAUGUUAUGUCUUGUUUUGUUCUGCCUGAUAAGCUUUGUGCAGAAAUAGAUGCUAUGAUUGCCAAUUUCUUUUGGGGCGGUGAUGCUACCCGUCGAGGGCUUCAUUGGGUUAAGUGGAGUACCAUGUGCCGGCAUAAGAACGAUGGUGGUCUGGGGUUCCGGGACUUUAAAUCUUUUAAUUUGUCUCUGCCCAAUGGUGGUUGGAAUAUACCUCUUUUGGAGCUUGUUUUUGCACCAAAUACAGUGAAGCAUAUUUUGGAGGUUCCACUUCCUAUGUUCCAAGGUGAGGAUUGCUUAUUUUGGCCUUAUACUAUGAAUGGCAAGUAUAGUUGCAAAUCUGGUUACAAGUUGUUACAGGUUUUGACUCAUGAGGAUGCUCCUUCCUCAUCUCGUGCUGUCACGUUGCCACCUCCCUUGUGGAAAUUUUUUUGGAGAACAGAUGCGUUGCCUCGUUGCAAAGAAUUGGCUUGGAGAGUUAUCAAAGGAGUUCUACCGGUGAGGCAUAGCUUGAGGGUCCGUGGAGUGGAUUCAGAUGAUGUUUGCCCUUUUUAUAGUUCAGAGCCCGAAACUUCUGAUCAUGUUCUGGUUCGUUUCCCAGCGGUGCAGCCGCUUUGGUUUGCAUCUCCCCUGGCUGUGCGCGUGGACCAGUUUUCGUCCAUGUUGGAGCUGGUUAUUGCUUUCCUAUCGAUGGCGGAAGAAGAGCAUAUAACCGUGUUUCAAACCUGGGUUUAUGCUCUUUGGGAGGCUCGAAAUUCACAGGUGUUUGAUAGCAUUCAUGUUCGCAUGGAGAGGCUUCUUCAGCGAGUUGCUGGUCUGUGCGCAGCACCUCGACCAGGUCCAGCGCCAGUGGUUCGGGAUCAGAGGCGCCUUGCUUCAUCACGGUCAAGGCCGCGACAAGGGACGUCGAAGGUAAAUUUGGAUGCAUCAUAUCGUGAGGGUGAGGGAGCUACCUACGACAUGGUGGUGCAGAAUCAUUUGGGUGAGGUCCUUGCAGCAGCAGCUUCGCAUCCUACACCAGCUAUGUCUGCGUUGUUGGCGGAAGCUCAAGGCUUGCGGUGGGCUAUGGUGAUGGCGAGGGAGCUUGGCUUCAUGACUGUGUGCCUGGAGACGGAUUGCUUACAGGUCUUUAAUGCUUGGAAUGGUUCCUCAGGUGGUAGUUCUUAUUUGGAUCAUAUUGUAGCAGAUUGUCAUCGUUUAGUUUCUCAAUUUCAUUCCGUUUCUAUUUCUUUUGUACGUCGUAGUGGCAAUGCGGUUGCGGAUUAUUUAGCUCGUCACGCUUCCUCUUUUCUAGGGGUUGUCUGGUUAGAGGAAGUACCUAACGAGGUUUUACCGCUUGUGGACUCUGAUGUAUUGACUUCUAUGCCUAGUUCUACUUAA